AUGGUCAUAUUGAGAAUAUCCUACAUUUUAGAAGUUCUGGCCGUGGCUGGUGCCCUGCGAAUGGCAGCAAACUGUUCGGUGGACACAGAGGAGACGGGUUCUAUCCUUGAUACUACAAUUAGUGACUUAAAUAGCAUUGACUUCACAGAAAAUCCUUAUGAAGCAGUAAGCAGAAUGAACACCCUUAGAAGAGAUUUCAGCAAGAGCCGCGCAUCAAUUAUUUUAAAUGAGAUUGCAGCAACAGUCGAUGAAGACCAGAAAACAAUGUCUGCUACUUUCUUAAAAAACAUAAAGUUUUUGAAUAUUCUGUCUGAGCACGAGCUUGAGAACACGCUGCCAACGAGACUCCUGCACAUUCACAAAAAAUUCACGGGACACAUACAGCUAUUCAACAGCGGUCUGUUGGAUAUAGUCAAGCUGAUAGAGUGUUCUAUCCCCCUGCCUGAAUACAAGGUGCCUAGGAGUCUGACAGGAAUAGACGAGUAUUUUGAAAAGCUGAAGGCCUUCUACAAAAUAGAGGACAAAGUGAAAGAAGCCAAAAGAUUCAAAAAGUACAUAAAAAAACUGCAGAGAGGAGGAAAAACUGUCAUAAGAGCCAUCUUCAAUGAAAAGGGAGUGCUGACCUUCGACGGAAUACCGAAAGAGGUCUCGGAAAUAAUAAAAAAGGAGCUCAAAAACACAUACUUCAUCUCGAACAUAAACAAGAAGCUGCAGAUGAAGUAUCUGAAGAACCUGAUAAAAAUAAAAAUAAUGCUGGAAAAGGAAGAGCUGCUGCAGAACAAAAAAGCAUCGAAGAUGAUCAAGGAAAAACUGUCGCUGCAGGGGAUAACAGAAGAAGACAUAAGCUACAAGUUCUCAGACAGGGUAGAGAAUAGCCAAGACAAAUUUGUGGAAAGAAUUGAGCAGCUGUUCAAGCUCAACAAAACAGAGUCCAUGGAGUAUGCAAUGACUGAGAAAGUGAAAAAGAAAAUAAAAAUAAACCUGAACAAGCUGAAGAGAAACCGCAGCGAAAACGAAAUCACAAUGAGCAACCUAAUCAUCACCUCAAUAUUCAACCUCAUAACAUACUAUCUGAUUCUGGAGGUAGAGCAGGUGCCCGACCUGAAAAAGCUGAUCAAAGACAUCCAGAGCUACUUUGACGGAAUAAAGUCAGCGAGAGUGAUCUUCGAGAUACUGGUGAGAAUCGAAAAAGACUACGACCGCAGAGAGAAAACAGACCAGAUACUGAACGUAUUUGUGUGCACGGAGCAAAAGUCGCUGUACCCAAGGAUGCCUGCAAAAGUGAAGAAUAUGAACAAACUCCUGGGAGACAUUCUCAUAAGCGAGCUGGAGGAAAUGGAGGGAAGGGCAGAAGCAGACGAAGACACAAGCGAUGAUGAACACGUGGUCAACGCGCUCUCCUACAUACUAAACACAAAGUACCUGAAACUCCCAAUAAAAUCCUAUCUAAAGUAUGCCAAAAUACUAUCGGAGAUCCUGGCGGUGCACUACAACACAGAAACAGUUAUGGAAAUAGACGAAGACGACAAAAACAUUUUUCUGCACGAUGUUUCGAUGCACGACUUGAUAUUCUACCGGGCUCUUACUCUGAUGUCCUUUGAAUAUAUACUGAGCAGCGCUGAAUUUGACGGUUUGACGAUCUAUGCUAUCCACGUAAUGGACCACGCCACAGAGCAGCACAGAUCAUUCAGACAGUUCCUUCUAAAUUAA